UGCACAUGCAAUAGUGAUUACUAUCACUAAACACCCUUUAAGCCCUCCUUUCCAUACAUAGAUAGAACCCACACCCCCACCAACCCCCACCCCUACCCCUACCCCUCGAAAUUUUACAAUCUUUUUCCGUCUUUUAAAGUCCUUCCCUUUUUCUUUAAGCUCACAUUAAUUUCUUCAACUUUUGAUCAAGAUUUCCAAUGGCCAAGAUCAACGCUCUCCGCCGCCUGUUUCUGCCGUGCUUCACGCCCGCCACCGCCAACCACUCGCUGCCGAUCACCGCCGCCGCCACCAAGAAGCGGCUGAGCACUUCUCUCCGGGAUGAUCUCGACGACCCGAAGGCGAGAGAGAGAGGGAGCAAUAAUAAUAAUAAUAAUGUAGGGGAAGAGUACUCGGACCCGGAUAGCCCGACGUGCACCGCCGCCUCCGUGAGCUCCCACUCGGCGGCGCAGCCGCGCUCUUCCAAGACGAUGGUGGUGGGGACCAUCUUCGGGCACCGCCGCGGCGGUCACGUCUGGUUCUGCGUCCAGCACGACCGCCUCAACGCCAAGCCCUACCUCCUCCUCGAGCUCUCCAUCACCGCCACCACGCUGACGCAGGAAAUGGGCGGCGGGCUGGUCCGCAUCGCGCUGGAGGUCAAGGACGACGGCGCGUCGGAAUCGGAGCUCAGCCACUGCCCGCUCCACGCCAUCCCGCUCUGGACCCUGUUCUGCAACGGCCGCAAACUCGGGUUCGCCGUUCGGAGAAAGCCCACGCAGCAGACCCGCCUCAUGCUCAAGACAAUGCAGUCGAUAUCAGUCGGGGCCGGCGUGAUUCCGUCCGGGUUCGGGGCCGGCGUGAUUCCGUCCGGGUUCGGGGCCGGCGACGACCCGGAGGAGCUCAUGUACAUGCGCGCCAAUUACGAGUGCAUAAUCGGCGGCGCGGAUUCGGAGUCGUUUCAUUUGAUCAACCCGGAUGAAGGCCCGGGUCAAGAAUUCAGCAUCUACUUGCUCCGGUCUAGGUAAAUAUGGGAAUCUUGAAAGAAAGAAAGAAAGAAAGAAAACAUGGGUUUUCUUGUUCUGCAACUUUCAUCAAUGGAAGGGGGGGUUUCUUUCUUGCUUUCCAGCCAUUUCUAAUGCUUUUCCAAUCUUUUGGGGCAAUGGGUUUUUGGAAAGGAGAAAGCUUUGGGAAAGAAAAGCUCUGAUCCUGAUUUAAUUAUUAGGUUUAUUCUUCAACUUCUUUUUACCCCCCAACCAAAAAAAAAUUAAAAAAAAAAUCAUUUUCGUGGAUUUUACUGAUGCAAAGCCAAUUCUUUCCUUGUACGGAUUUUUUUUUUUUUUUCUUUCUUUCUUUUUGGGGAAUCCACAUUAAUAGGAUUCUCCACUAGAAUGGUUACUUACAAUGCAUGUAGACAUAUUUUUGUGUAACAUCAAACACUUGUUUACAAUUUCAGAGAAUCAUUUGAGGUGUUUAAUGAUAUAUGCUCCCAUGAAA